AUGCGCAAGUACAUGACUCCAGAACAGCAGAAAAUAUGGGAUGAAAGCAUAAAAAUUGCCAAGGGGCCACCGGACAUGCCAUUUCGUGAAGAGAUUGACAUACUUAGUGAGUACCGGGACAAGGUUCGUGAUGAGAUCUUCUAUGAUAAGAGCAUUUUGCAUCCAGGAACAGCAUCAUUGUCAUGGACUCUUUGCUCGAAGGCUCACCAUGCUGCAGCAUUGGCUUCCAAGGUGGUGGAUUGUGCGCGUUUAAGACAUGGUAUGGAGGAGAUUUCUGUGCAUACAACAAAGCAGAUUAUGCGGACGUAUGUGAGCGUCUUUGUUAGCACGGCUGAGGACAGCCACCAUAAGAAGGUUAGAAUGGAAACUAUUUUUUCCUUUCUUGGUGCACUUCAAGGUAUGGCAUCGAUAAGCCACAUACUGAUCCAAGAUACCCUAGCGCUCAUCGGGAGUAAAGAUACUUGUUCGGAUUACAAGAUAGAUGAGUCCGGUAUAGAUAGAGCUCACCUUGAGUAUCAGGUGGAAAUGAACAAUUUGAAAGAUAUGCUCACCUCGGCGCACAGGCGCGGGCUUCUUGAUUUAUACAAGAUUCUGGCGCCCACGCUGCAUCUUGCUGUGGCGCGUACAAAAACGUGUGUUCUGAAGAUGACUGCCACACGCAAAAUGGCACUAGGCCACCACCUACCAGGUGCGCCCAAGGCGCCAGAUGAUUCAUGA